AUGGAUCCAAACCCCCACGCAAUCAGCGGAGACGAAGCGGCAUUUUCAUCCCACCCUCUGCUCCACGAUGAAAUGGCCACCAACACUGAGCUCCACUGGAGCCGCCGCUUCGCUCACGGUAUGCUCGACUGGAUGCUUGGGGUGCGCCUUACCGCUCGCGAGCUCGCCAUGCUGCGCGUCAUGGAUACCAUCACCGACAGGCCUUCGUGGGAGUCUAGCAUCCUCGACGCAGACCUGGCAGAGGCGUUGAGGAGAGAGUUGAGGGUAGGCGAGCCCUUGUUAAGCGCGCGGGCGUGGGCGUGGUGUCUUGAGGAGUUGAGGGACAAGGCGGCAGAGUUUGUGCGUACGGGCCGGGUUUUGGUGUAUGAUGCCGGGCCGCGAGUAUCAAAGUCGAGCGUAAAAGGGGCUGAGAAGCUGAAGAAGCUAGUAGGUGAUCUAGCUGCGCAGAAAGACAAGAGCCACCGUCUUCACGGCGAAGAGGUGCAGUUGCGCAAUCUUGUGGAUCCUUCUCUUCAUCCGUUAGUUUACGGGCACACCAAGAUUCUACCCCGGUUAGCAAAGCCCAUGUCGAGCAUCUCUGGGAUAGAUUCGGUCAUGUGGCUGCCAUGUGAUGUUGAAUUCGUGGGUGAUGAGGAGAAUGGCGGAAUCAGGGCUCGCAUCACUAGCUACAUCAACGAUCUCCAUCCAAAAGCUCACCGCGCGCUCUACUCUGUUAUCGAGGAAAUCAUAACGGCCUCGAUAGAGCCGUGGAACGAUGUACUCACCCCCGCCGUCCCACCCUCGACCGACGUAAAACACGCACCCUAUUCCGCCUGGACUAUCGGUCCUGGCCGAACGCCCCUCGCAUACGAACACACGGCGAAGAUAACAGGCCGAUGCUUCCACUGCCGGUUCAAUGAUAACUACGAUUGGCGUGAGCGCCCACCCGAGGAGAGCAAGUAUAGACAUCAUGACCACGAGUACCGCAACAUCCGCAUCCAGCAUGACUUCAAGGACAAGGGUCUUCAAGUCUACGUCAAUAUUCAAAGCAUCGAACUUACACCGGAAAACCCACGAUAUGAGGGAAGUCCCUGGGCGCUCGCAGGCAUGUACAACGAGCACAUAGUUGCCGCGUCCAUGUACUUCUUCGAUGUUGUCAACAUCGCUGACACACCACGUCUCUACCUCCGCGUCCCAGCUAAUUUCUUCCAAGAUAGCCUAGAUGUGGACGAGGGGCACAUCCGCUUCCUCACCCUGUACCUCGUCGACCCGAACUACACCCUCGUGUCAACGAGCCGGGUCCCACCACAGAGUUUCGACUGGUGGGUGCAAGACGUAUUCCCAGCAACCUUUCUCGCGAGUAAAGGGUUGCCGGAGGAGCUGCGAUGUGCGGUUGCCGAGGAGGCAUGUGGAUCUUUGUUCACGGAGGAGCAGUCGGCGGAGUUUCGGGAGCGUCUUCUUAGAGAGAGGAAGAGGGUUAUGGCCGAGCUUGGGAGGAUACUGUACCACUUUCGGUUUGAUUUUGAGCUUGAGCCUGUCUAA